AUGGACCUGAACGUCAAGCAGAGUGGAAUUCACUCUUGUGUCCUGCACACUUCUUACUUCAAAAAUCGAUCGGGAAAGGUUUACAAGAGAGCCGCCGAACGUUAUCUGCGAACCGAUUUGCCAUGUGGACUCGCUCAAUGUGAAGAAUGCAAAGCCUACGGUUCAAAUCCCCUCUUGAAGACGGAGAAUCCGGUGACAAACUCCAAAAUCGGGCGGCACGUACUGAUAAUCGACUCGACAUCUCUAAUCAGAUAUUAUGAUCUAUUUGAUUCAGAGUUGUUGCGAGAUAUCAUAGUGACUCAGACAGUUUGGGAAGGUGUCAAGGCUAAAGCGAUUCCGGCGUAUAAAAAGAUAAAUUCGUUGUGCUACGAGGGAGAAGGAAAAGAUCGAUUCCAUGUGUUCAUGAAUGAAUUUCACUUCGAAACGUUCUCAGACACUCCGAAAUUCGAAGAAGUGAGUCGUGGAGAGGAGUUGUUGCUUACCACUGCACACUAUCUCGCUCUUCAUUGGGAGAAGCUGAAAGUCACUCCAGUUUUACUCGUUUUCGACGAAGACUCAAAGAAACGAAUGGAAAAACACUAUGGAGAUGUGUUCCAUUUGAAAGAGUAUAUCCAGAAUAUGGAGACACCUGGAAAACAGGCGUUACUCGAUCAAAUGGCCGCUUAUGAGAGCUCAGCGAGCAAUAAGGAGAAGCAAGUGUUUGAGGAACACUUGUCACAUGAUAAGAUUAUGGAGGGAAUUGCGAAUGGAACUAUUAAAAGGGGAACUUUUAAUGUUUCGAGAGAGAAUUAUCGAGAGGCGACGGUUAUUAUUGAUGAACACUUGAAUUCUUGGUUUAUUACUGGCAACCACUGCAAUCGAUCGGUGAACGGUGACGUCGUCGCCGUUCAACUCCUCCCAGAAUCACAAUGGACGUGUCCAGAGAAGAAAAUCCGUCUUCGUGACGUAGAAGAAUACGUGAAGACAGCAGACGAUAUGGGAAAUGACGAGGGAGAUGAGAACGAGGAGGAGCCGAAAGCCAAGAGAUCCAAAAAGAAUACGGUACCGACGGCGAAAGUCGUCGGAAUUAUCAAGAGAAAUUGGCGUCAAUAUUGUGGAAUGUUGUUGCCGAGCUCAGUAAAAGGAGCCAGGAGACACUUAUUCUGUCCAGCGGAACGUCUGAUUCCCAGGAUUCGAAUCGAGACAGAACAAGCGGAUAUUCUAUCCCAACAACGGAUUGUGGUGGCUAUCGAUCAUUGGCCGAGAGACUCUUUCUAUCCAUUGGGUCAUUAUGUUAGAUCCAUCGGGGAGAUGGGAUCUAGAGAGACGGAAAAUGAGGUUCUCCUUCUAGAACAUGAUAUUCCACAUGCUCCAUUCUCGGAUCAAGUUAUCGAUUGCCUGCCGAGAGACGAAUGGGAACCGGAUCUCAAUGAUAAUCGGGGAACACUUCCUCGUGUUGACUUGAGACAUCUCACUAUCUGUUCUGUGGAUCCACUUGGUUGUACUGAUAUUGAUGAUGCACUUCAUUGUAAACAGAUUGGAGACGAUUUGUUCGAAGUGGGGGUUCAUAUUGCGGAUGUUACGCAUUUUGUCAGACCUGGAACCGCGAUUGACGAUGAAGCGGCUCUACGUGGAACUACCGUAUACCUGUGUGAUCGUCGUAUCGACAUGCUUCCAUGUCUUCUCAGUAGUAAUCUGUGUUCACUUCGUGGUGAAGAGGAGCGUUACGCGUUCUCUUGCAUCUGGACAAUGACGUCGAGUGCCGACAUUCAAUCAGUCAAAUAUCACAAGUCACUGAUCAAAUCGAAAGCAGCGCUGACUUAUGAGAGAGCUCAAGAGAUUAUCGACGAUCCGAGUGAGCAGAAUGAUGUGGCUCAAGGGUUACGUGGAUUGAUGAAGUUGUCGAAAGUGUUGAAUUCGAAACGGACGGCGAAUGGAGCGUUGACUCUGGCGUCGAGUGAAGUUCGAUUUGAUAUGGAUUGGGAGUCGAAGACACCGAAGAAAGUAAUGGAAAAGCAACAUCUGGAUACACAUUCAAUGGUUGAGGAGUUCAUGCUUCUCGCCAAUAUUCAGGUUGCUCAGAAGAUUCUCGAAGAGUAUCCAGAUUGUGCGCUUUUGCGUCGCCAUCCGGUGCCAAUGAAAGAGAGCUAUAAGCCAUUGGUUGAGGCCGCCCGUCACCGCGGCUUCGAAAUCCUCACCGAAAGCGGUAAGGGGCUCGCCGACUCUCUCAACCGAUGUGUCGAUAAACGGAAUCCAAUGUUGAAUCGUCUUCUUCGAAUGCUCACGACUCGUUGUAUGACACAAGCCGUCUAUUUUUCUGCUGGAACCGUCCCCGUACCCCAAUACCAACAUUUCGGGUUGGCGUGCUCCAUCUACACGCACUUCACGUCUCCAAUCCGUCGUUACGCCGACGUCAUCGUUCAUCGUCUUCUCGCCGCCGCAAUCGGUGCCGACGAUAUCCAACACGGUCUUCUGAAUCAGUCAAAAUGCACGAAAAUUUGUGGAAAUAUUAAUUAUAGACACAAACAAGCACAGUAUGCUGGAAGAGCGUCUGUCCAACUGAACGUUGUUCGCUACUUUAAGGGUAAAGUGGAGACGUGCGAAGGAUUCGUGAUGGGUGUCAGGAAUAAUGGAAUUCAGGUGUUCGUCCCCAAAUAUGGUCUCGAAUCGAUCAUCGUCCUACAACCGGGCUCCGACACCGUCAUCGAUACGGAGGAAAUGGCGGUGAAAGUGAAUGGAGAGCCGGUGAUCCGAGAGUUGGAACCGGUCACCGUCAAAAUUAGUGUCAACGAGAAGAAUCAGCAGAGGCCACGUGUCGAGUUGCAGCUGGUGAAACCCGCGAUUCCAGGAUUAUCAGUUGAUUUUGAUUUGUCCUCGUCGGAGGGUCUGGGUCUUUAA